AUGUCUAAGGAGGGCGCUCAAAACCAGGCCACUCCGUCCUCUAAGGAUGCCGCAUCGCACGAUGCUACCUCUCAGUUUUACCUGUCCAAACCGGCCCACAGCCUGACCGUGGAGGCUGUUCUUCAAGAGCUAGAAACCAAUCUAGAGGAUGGUCUUGCCUCAGCUGAGGUCACGGAGCGCGUUCAAAAGUAUGGGGAGAACGUGUUGGAGGGAGAUGAAGGCAUCUCCAUUGCUAAAAUCUUCAUCCGGCAGGUCGCCAACGCGAUGAUUCUGAUCCUGAUUAUCGCAAUGGCCGUUAGUUUCGGUAUUCAAUCGUGGAUUGAAGGUGGCUUCAUCACCGCUGUCAUCGUUCUCAACGUUGUGGUGGGUGUGUACCAAGACUUUGCUGCUGAGAAGACCAUGGACUCGCUGCGAAGCUUGAGCUCCCCAACCGGCGUUGUCACUCGAGAUGGCAAGACAUGCACCGUCCCCGCUAAGGAAAUUGUUCCCGGCGACAUGGUCGAACUGAAAGUGGGGGACACUGUUCCCGCCGACCUCAGACUAACCGAGGCUUUCAAUUUCGAAACCGAUGAAGCUCUCCUGACCGGUGAAUCGCUCCCUGUCCAGAAGGAGGCGGACCAAGUCUUUGACACCGACACUGGCCCUGGCGAUCGCCUCAACAUUGCCUACAGCUCAUCUACCGUCACACGCGGCCGAGGCCGAGGCAUUGUCAUCGGCACAGGAAUGCGCACCGAGAUUGGAGCCAUUGCGGCUGCUCUUCGAGGCGGCGACUCAAAGCGCCGGCCGGUCAAGCGUGGACCUGAUGGUGAGAGUAAGAAGCGUUGGUACGUUCAGGCCUGGACUUUGACCACUACGGACGCUAUUGGACGAUUUUUGGGGAUCAAUGUUGGUACACCGCUGCAGCGCAAGUUGUCCAAGUUGGCUCUUCUUCUCUUCUUCGUCGCCAUCAUCUGCGCAGUAAUCGUGGCUGGUGCCAACGAAUGGCGUGGAGAUAAAGAGGUCAUCAUCUACGCAGUUGCGACUGGACUUUCGAUGAUUCCCGCUUGUUUGGUCGUUGUGCUCACUAUUACCAUGGCUGUCGGUACCAAGCAAAUGGUGAAGAGACAUGUUAUUGUCAGAAAGCUGGACUCUUUGGAAGCAUUAGGCGCCGUGACCAACAUCUGCUCGGACAAGACUGGUACCUUGACUCAAGGGCGCAUGGUUGCUAGGAGAGUCUGGAUUCCUUCACAGGGAACAUAUUCGGUUGGCUCAUCAAAGAACCCUCUUGACCCCUACGAGGGAGAAAUUAGUCUUGCCCGGACGUCGCCACGCAAGAUGGAUCCUGAAUCACCGGGGGAAGCCGCCAAGCCCGAGGAUCUCUUGAGAGGAAACGAACAUUUACAGGCUUUCCUCAACGUUGCUGCCUUGGCAAACCUUGCCCACAUUCACAAGGAUUCUCACAAUGAGUGGCAGGCUCGUGGAGAGCCCACCGACAUUGCAAUCCAAGUCUUUGCUUCUCGUUUUGACUGGGGUGCCGAUCGCCUGAACAAGGGCGAAAACUCUCUCUGGACCCAAAAGGCUGAAUAUCCGUUCGACUCCGGUAUCAAGAAGAUGUCUGUUGUUUAUGCCAAGAGGAGCGAGAAUUCAGACACAUCUCAAGAGAUGGUAUUCACAAAAGGUGCUGUCGAGCGAGUGAUUGACUCCUGCACCUCUAUCACAUGGGAGAAUGGCGACUCUGUUCCCAUGAGCCCAGAAAUCCAGGAUGAAAUCAUGCAGAAUGUCGAGUCUUUGGCAAACGAGGGACUUCGAGUUCUCUGUCUCGCUGGGCGGGAGCACAAUCCUCCUUCAGCUGCAGAAAACGAACCUCUUCCCCGCGAAGAAAUCGAGAAGGAUCUGUCGUUCUACGGACUGAUUGGAUUGUAUGAUCCCCCACGACCUGAGACCGCCGGUGCUAUCAGCCAAUGCUACAAGGCCGGUAUUUCAGUCCAUAUGGUCACUGGUGAUCACCCUGGAACCGCACGAGCUAUCGCAGCCCAAAUUGGUAUCCUUCCACCAAAUAUGGAAAUGUUGGCGAAAGAUGUAGCGGACGCCAUGGUCAUGACAGCCGGUCAAUUCGACAAGCUGUCCGAGGAUGAAAUCGAUGCUCUCCCGACUCUACCCCUUGUGAUCGCGCGAUGCGCGCCAAACACCAAGGUUCGCAUGAUUGAUGCGUUGCACCGCCGGGGUUGCUAUGUUGCCAUGACGGGCGAUGGAGUGAAUGACUCUCCCUCCCUGAAGCGAGCCGACGUGGGUAUUGCCAUGGGCCAGAAUGGCUCGGACGUUGCCAAAGAUGCCUCUGAGCUCGUCUUGACCGACGACAACUUUGCUUCCAUCAUCAACGGUAUCUCUGAAGGUCGCCGUAUUUUCGACAAUAUCCAGAAAUUUGUUCUGCAUUUGCUUGCUGAGAAUGUGGCUCUGGCCCUCACACUCCUGAUCGGUCUGGUUUUUAAGGAUGACAGCAACCAAUCCGUCUUCCCUAUCUCCCCCGUGGAGAUCAUCUGGAUUGUCAUGAUUACUUCUGGUCUACCGGAUAUGGGCCUGGGUAUGGAGCAGGCAUCGUCUGACGUGAUGGAUCGACCUCCUCAAAGCAAAAAAGGUAUUUUCACCUGGGAAAUCAUCGUCGAUACCAUGGUUUACGGCAUCUGGAUGGCGGCUCUUUGCCUUGCUGCCUUUUCCCUCGUCAUGUUCCCUUGGGGCGAUGGCAAUCUGGCCAUAAACUGUAACACCGAGUACAGCAAGGCCUGCGACACUGUGUUCCGUGCCCGUGCCACCACAUUCACCUGUAUGACCUGGUUCGCCCUCUUCCUCGCCUGGGAGAUGAUGGACCUCCGCCGAAGCUUCUUCCGGAUGAAGCCCGAUUCCAAGCGCUACCUGACCCAAUGGAUGUACGACAUCUGGGCCAAUCGGUUCCUCUUUUUCGGUAUCAUGGCUGGUUUCGUCCUUGCGUUCCCCAUCCUGUACAUCCCCGUUAUUAACGAAAGUGUCUUCAAGCACUCGCGUAUCUCGUGGGAGUGGGGCGUCGUCCUUGUCGAAACCGUGCUGUUCUUUGCUGGAAUCGAGUCCUGGAAAUGGGUCAAGCGUGCUUUCUUCCGUCGACAGGCUUAUAUGCAGAAGAAGAAACAUGGUGACCUUGUCUCUGGCGACCGUCGGGGCCCUGGAGACUUUAGUCGCUACACUACCAUGGACCGUUCCGAGACAUCGGCAGACAGUCAGGAGAAAGUGGAGAAGUCGAUGGUCUGA